GCUGGUAAAUGGAAUGAGGUUUGGGGGUAACAUGUAGAGAAAUUCCCUAUGGAGGGCAUGCCUGCCAAGAGCGAGAUGAUCAUCUGUGGGGUUUCUCCCAGGUUAAAUCCCAUUGAGAGCCUGGGGUCCCAGCAGAGGGCACAGGGAUGAGAGUGGCCGUGGUGGGCGCGGGGGUCAGUGGGCUGACAGCCACCAAAUGCUGCCUGGACGAGGGGCUGGAGCCCACCUGCUUCGAGCAGAGCCAGGACAUCGGGGGGCUCUGGCGCUACACGGAGCACAUCGAGGCCGGCCGGCCCAGCCUUUACCCAUCACUCAUCAGCAACACGUCCAAGGAGAUGUCUGCCUUCUCUGACUUCCCCUUCCCCGAGCACUUCCCAGUAUUCCUGCCCAACGCCCUGCUCCUGGAUUACCUGCGGCGCUACGCUGAGCACUUCAGCCUGCGGGAGCACAUCAGAUUUGGGACCACCGUUGUCAGCAUCCGUAAGCACCCCGACUUUGCCACCACGGGCCAGUGGAAUGUGGUCACAGAGGCAGGUGGCAAGCAGACAUCAGAUGUCUUUGAUGCUGUUAUGGUUUGCAGUGGCAGUUUCUCGGAGCCGUCCCUGCCCCUGCAGUGCUUCCCUGGCAUCGAGAGGUUCCGAGGGCAGUACUUCCACAGCCGGCAGUACAAGCAUCCCGACGUGUUCCAGGGCAAGCGUGUUCUCGUGGUGGGCAUGGGCAACUCGGGAGUGGACAUCGCAGUGGAGGCCAGUCGUGUAGCUGCAAAGGUGACCAUUAGCACCUCUAGAGGAUCCUGGCUGCUCAGCCGUGUGUUUGAGCGUGGCUACCCCUGGGAUAUGGUUUCAAUCACUCGCCUUAAGACCCUGAUCAAAACCAACCUGCCCGGACCCCUUUCAUGGUGGUUGACUAAUUACAAGGUGAACAAGAGAUUCAACCACAAAAACUAUGGCCUUCAGCCAGACAACAGCUGGCAUGUCCGCGAGCCCCUGCUGAACGACGACCUCCCGAGCUACAUCCUGACAGGCAGGAUCACCAUCAAGCCGGGAGUGAAGGAGUUCAAGGACAACUCAGUCCUGUUCCACAACUGCCCCGAGGAGGAGCCUGUUGAUAUUGUUGUCUUCUGCACGGGCUACGUGGUCUCCUUCCCCUUCCUAGAAGAAUCCGUCGUCAGGGUGGAAAACAAGCACGCAUCCCUCUACAAGCACGUGUUCCCAACCCACCUGCAGAAGCCCACCCUGGCUGUCCUUGGGCUGAUUAAGCCCUUAGGGCCUGUCAUGCCUCUGGUAGAGAUGCAGGCACGCUGGGUGAGCCGUGUCUUCAAAGGCUUGUGUCACUUGCCUUCCCAGUCUGUCAUGGAGGAGGAAGUAAAUGAGAACAAGAAAAACCAAGUCAAAUGGUUUGGUCUGACCUAUGAUGAAGUCCUCAAAACUGAGUGGCUGGUCUACCUGGACACGCUGGCCUCCUUCAUCGGUGCCAAGCCCAGCGUGCUGGGGCUGCUCUGCACAGACCCCAAGCUGGCUCUCACCAUCUUCUUUGGGCCCUCCUCCCCUUACCAGUACAGACUGGGGGGUCCUGGGCACUGGGAGGGGGCACGGCAGGCCAUCCUUACCCAGUGGGACCGCGUCCUAAAGCCCAUAAGGACACGAGUCCCUGCUGGCUCCUCCAGCUCUUUCCCCUCCCUCCUGGUUGUGGUGGGCUUCCUUCUGCUACUGGCUGCUGUGAUUUUUGGUUUCAAAUAGCUUUUGGAGCAUGUUUGCUUGAGUUUUUUUGUUGGGGGUUUUUUUUGUUGUUGUUGUUGGUUUUUUGUUUGGUUUUUUUUUUUGUCCUGAGAGAUGUUGUCUCAGGUAAGAGAGCUCCUCAGAUGGCAACAAACUUUAACCUGCAACCUGCAGUAUAAACCUUCUGCUCCAGCUCAAACCCAAGCACAGCUUUGCAGACUUCACUAGCCAGGGAUGGCAGCCUUGCCCAAAUGUCUGUUGCCCCUCUGCUCCCCUGCCUGCUGCCAGGAGCAGAGCAGGGACUGGUGCCAUAAUUGUGCCUGGAUCACACAGGACAGGAUGCACUGAGGACAAGACCAGCAGAAGUGGUGAUGUGUUACAGGAGCAAAAGUGCCCAGGAAUUAUCUGGGCUGCAUACACAGGUCAGGCUGUCCCUUUCUCCAAGCCUAAACACUGUGACCCCAUAAUCCCAUUUGGGGCUGAAUGGGUGCAUCUGCAGUGCAGUGGUUGUGGUGGUUUGUCACACAUGAGCCUGUGGGGCUGAGCACUCCUGGCUUUGCUUCCCUGCAUGCCCCACCACUGAACAAUCCUGAGGCUUUGUUUUGUGCGUGGAUAGACUGUAAAUGAAUAAAAUCCCAGUGGCUGUGGCAGAAGUGUGCUGCAGAUGUCUCUGUGUCCUGUCCUUGUGUGCAUGGGAAGAGCUGAGGGGGAGAGCCCGUGUCUGAGCUGGGGCUGUGCCACCAAUUGCUGUGGGCAGCGCCCAA